UCGCGCCGUCAGGCAGCAGUUGCACUCUCGGAUGCAGCGGGUAGGGAGCAGUUUCUCCACCGGGCAGCGCGAACCCGCGGAAAACCGGGUGGCUUCCCGAUGUCCCAGCGUGGCCCUUGCUGAACGAAAUCAAGCGGCCACACUACCAGUGAGGCUGCUCAAGGAUGAGCUGGCUGCGGCGCAGGGCAACAGCUGUGAGGAACCAAGUUUCCAGAUGAAGGUGGAUGCCCAAGGUUUCGCUCCGGAGGACUUGGUGGUGCGGAUAGAUGGACAAAACCUGACGGUGACCGGCCAGCGGCAACACGAGUCGAAUGACCCGGCCAGGGGCCGCUACCGCAUGGAGCAGAGUGUGCACCGUCAAAUGCAGCUCCCGUCGACCUUAGAUACAGCAGCCAUGACUUGCAGCCUGACCCCCUCUGGCCAUCUGUGGCUCAGGGGACAAAACAAGUGCCUACCUCCCGCUGAAACUCAAACUAGCCAGUCCCUGAGACUCAGGAGAGGAGGCCCUAAGGGCUCCAAACAAACCUACCCUAACAACGGAAAUGGAAGUGUGAAGAAGCCUUAAAGUACCGCAGCGUUC